AAGAAAAACAUGAAAAAGUGUUUUAUGUAGAAAAUCAGAAUCUAGAACGCUCGUUGGACUUACCUCAGCCUCAACGUCAUUGGCUUGACGCAUACGCAUAUAAUAAACAACUUGGUUAUAUUAUAUAUACAUAGCAUUUUCAUCCUGCAACUUCAGUUCAUCAUCUAACGAUUUCUCAAAGUAGUGCGUUUAUGAGUGAAACAGAGAUACCAGCAGUGGCGGUUGCGGCUGCGAUUGUGGUGGUAACUGCGGUUGCGGUAUGGAUAUGGAAAGGCCUGAAUCUGGCUUGGCGUAUACCGAAGAAACAUGAGGCUUAUCUAAAGAGACAAGGUCUCUCUGGAACUCCUUUCACCUUUCUUGUCGGAGACGCUAGAAGGGAAGCCAGUAUGGUGGAGCAAGCAAAGUCCAGAGCCAUAAAACUAACCGACGAUUACACGCCACGUGUCAUGCCUCUGAUAUUACAGACCGUUAAGGAUCAUGGGAAGACAUCUUACAUGUGGACGGGACCCAUAGCGAGUGUGAUUGUGACGAAACCAGAACACAUCAAAGAAGUUCUAAACAGAGUUGAUGAUUUCCCGAAGCCGCCAUUGCACCCAAUCGUUGAGCUUUUUGCGACUGGAGUCGCGGUGUAUGGAGGAGAGAAAUGGUCUAAGCACAGGAAGAUUAUAAACCCUUCUUUUCAUCUAGAAAAGCUCAAGAUUAUGAUACCUGCGUUCUACGAGAGCUGCAGCGAGAUGAUAAGUAAAUGGGAGAGAUUGGUUGGUGAGGAAGGAUCAUCGUUGAAUGAGAUCGAUGUUUGGCCAUACCUUAGCGAUGUAACCUCAGAUGUAAUCUCGCGUACUGCGUUUGGUAGUAGCUACGAGGAAGGUAAGAGGAUCUUUUUGCUUCAAGAAGAACAAGGCCGGCGAGUUUUAAAAGCUUUUGAGAUGGCUUUCAUCCCUGGAAUGAGGUUUCUACCGACAAAGAACAACGUGAGGAUGAAGCAGAUAGACAGAGAAGUGAAGUCUAGACUGAGAGAGAUCAUCAUGAAGAGACAGAGAGCUAUGGAAGCAGGAGAGGCUCCAAAGAAUGAUCUGUUGGGAAUACUACUUGAAUCGAAUUCUUCUGGAGAUAACGGGAUGAGUACCAAAGAUGUGAUAGAAGAGUGCAGGCUGUUUCACUUUGCGGGCCAAGAAACCACUGCGAAUCUUCUCGUGUGGACAAUGAUUAUGCUGAGCUAUCACCAGAAAUGGCAAGAUCAAGCUAGAGAAGAGAUCUUCCAAGUCAUUGGAAAGAACAACAAACCUAACUUUGAUGCACUCUCUCGCCUCAAAAUAAUGAGCAUGAUCUUGAACGAGGUGUUGAGGCUAUACCCACCAGGGAUUCUACUUGGUCGAACCAUAGAGAAAGAAACAAAGCUUGGUGAGGACAUGACGCUUCCAGGUGGUGCACAAGUAGUGAUUCCUGUGCUUAUGGUUCAUCGUGAUCCCGAGCUCUGGGGAGAAGAUGCUCAUGAGUUUAAACCCGAGAGAUUCGCAGAUGGGAUCGCAAAGGCCACGAAGAACCAAGUCUCGUUUCUUCCGUUUGGAUGGGGACCAAGAUUCUGUCCUGGCCAGAAUUUCGCUCUCAUGGAAGCUAAGAUGGCUCUUGUCUUGAUUCUGCGGAGAUUCUCCUUCGAGCUGUCUCCAUCCUACACUCACGCACCUCACACCGUUCUUACGCUUCAUCCUCAGUUUGGUGCUCCCUUGAUCUUCCACAUGCUCUGAUAUCCCUAAUUCGAAGAUCCUCUGUAUUUUAUUUUUUAAGAUUCAAGAUUCAGUAGCAUGUGAAUUCAUGGGAACUCAUGUGAAUUCUUCUACUACGAAAUUCUCAUGACUUUCAAUUUUUCCAGAAUUUUCGGUAACUUUUUUUUCUUAAUAAGAAAAUCGUAUCGAAGGUUGGAGUUGGACCUUUUAAAAGUCCAAAACGGAUUCUACAUUUGGGCCUAAAUAGUCUACUGAGGCCCAUAUGUUCUUUCCCUUGCGUAAUCCAUA